UCGGAUUAUUGCGCAGGCGCAGUUAGGGUGUCCCGUCUUUGUUGCCUCAACUAGGUUGAUGUGAGGUGGCGGCUGGAGUGGACGGGAGGAGCGGCCGGGCCGAGAGAGGUUGCCGGAACAACGCGGAGUGCAGUUCCAACUGCUGAAGCUGUACACAAUCAUUCACAUCUCAAGACCCCAAGUGACAAGAUUCCCCCACUUGACUCUUUGCUGAGAUUCUCCUGAUGCCUGGCAGAGACAUCAUCUGUGUACGUAAGACUCUUCACCUGUGACUUUACCAAUGCAGGAGUGCUCAUUCUGCAAUACUGUGGUGGCACACAGGAAAUGUAGACUCCUCCAGCACCUUAUCGCUGUCAGCAGAGUCACCACGUGUUACAUCUGUCUGGCGUGAGGUGCCCGAGACAGAGAGUUGAGCUGUGACGUGCGAUGUGCUCCCGCUGACCAAUGCUAUCUGCCUUCUAAUGAGGAAACAUCUGCACUGUGUCUGUGCCACGAUGCGACUACUCCUCAGGUGCUUCCGACUGGGCCGGAGGCGGCGAAUCAGGCUCCUUCAGCACGUUGGCACCUACUGGAGCUACAGCAAGCUGUGCGCCCGCUCCCUGACUUACAACUCCUUCACCAACAGUGACGUGGUCCUUGACUCCCUGUUCGAACCCAUCUACUGGUUGGUGGACCACGUGACCCGUUGGUUCGGCGUGGUCUUCGUGGUCCUGGUGGUCUUCUUGACCACCACCAUCGUGUUGAUUGUCUACAUCUGCGUCCUUCCUGUCAUCCUGAGUACGUACCCAGCGGGCUGGAUCGCUUGGCACCUCUGCUACGGACACUGGAACCUGAUGCAGAUCGUCUUUCAUUACUACAAGGCAGUGAAGACGCUCCCAGGGCACCCAGCACAGGGUAAAAAUAACAUUCCAACAGUUUCCAUCUGCAGGAAGUGUAUUAAUCCCAAGCCGCCUCGUACCCAUCACUGCAGUAUAUGUAACCGAUGUAUCUUGAAGAUGGACCAUCACUGUCCCUGGCUGAAUAACUGCGUGGGUCACUACAAUCACCGCUACUUCUUCUCCUUUUGCCUGUUUAUGACGCUAGGCUGUGUUUACUGCAGCGUAAGCAGCAGGGAGCUGUUUAUGGACGCCUACCUCACCAUCAAUACGGCCACUGCAGCUCCCAUUAUAUCAUUCCAGGAAAAGAUUUUCCACAAGAGUAUCAUUUACCUGUGGGUUCUCUGCAGCUCAGUAGCCCUCGCCCUCAGCGGUCUCACCUUGUGGCACACAGUCCUCAUUCUCGGUGGGGAGACCAGCAUCGAGAGGCACAUCAACAAGAAGGAACGGCAGAGGCAGCAGCAGAAAGGACGGGUUUUCCGAAAUCCUUAUCAUGCAGGCAAACUGAACAACUUGAAAAUGUUUCUUGGAAUAGAAAAACAGAGUCACUGGAUAACUCGUUUGCUGCUUCCAUCCUCUCACCUACCGUACGGAAAUGGCAUGACAUGGACACUCCCAGCGGCUUUCAGCGUAGACAAGACAAUAUUGGCGAUUUGAUGAUGACAGUGUUGCCAAAACCUUUGCUGAGCGGGAUGGGGACGUGAACUAGAGGGACCGAGGGCUUGUUGGCCAUCCUGGCUGAGGGGAGUGAAGGAACCGUUGGACAGAAGAUGACCCAGUGAUUGCUCUGCACCUUGCAGUGCAAGGCAUGAGCCAGAAGCUCAAUGAAGCAAUAAAAGGCCACAAUGGUUGUUCACUGUGCUCACACCAGCAAGCUGUGCUUCACUGGAUGGGAAUAUUAAGGGAGUAUUUUAUACAUGCAAACUUAAGGGUGUUCUGACAAAACCAGGCCCCAUUUAAUGAAUAGAUACAAACUCUGAACAGUAAAACAGUAUUCCUUCCUCAGGUGCUGUAAAAUGAAUGCAUAAAAGUGGAGUCUUGCUAAUCAGAACGCCCAAGGAUGGAUUUAACUUUCUGGGAAUACACACAGGCUGUGCCUGACCUUUGAGGAGAUAAACAGAAUGGACCAAGCCCAUUACUGUCACGCAGUGGUGGGAAAAGAAAAAUCUGUUACCCUUUGCUUGAAAAGAAUUUCAGUGAAGUAAGACCUUAUUUAUUUUGAUGUGUAUGGCUGCUAAUCGUUUCCUUCCCAAUUCUGUAGGUGAAGGCUUUUGUUACAGCAGAUGAAUAUAGGUGAUCCAAUGUGAUCUUCACCAUUCCAAUGCAGUCUGCCCACAGAUAGCAACAAUUGGGUUCUGAUGUAGAUCUCCUGGAAAUGGACGGAGAGUUGUGAAAGGAUCACACCUAGCAAGAACGGCGACUUGAGAAUAAUCCUGUUGUUGAAUUUAUCAUUAAGGAUAUUGCUGUAAACAUUUUGUCAUUAGUUUCAUUGGUGUUCUCUGUUGAGGUUGAUAAAGUUUCCUGUGAGUGACACUUUAAAGCUGCUCUAUUGCAUUGAGGGGGAUGGAGGUUGUGAUGAGUCCUUCAUAAUCUGUCUUUCACAAAAGGGCAUGUAGGCCCUCUCCUAAAUCCCUUUGCCUGGUGCGCAGAGCUCCACUGUGGACCAGAACUAGAAGCCUGUGGAUUAGGCAUUUUGGUGCUACAAGGACAGGGGCCAGAGAAUGUAGCCACCCCAUACCUUUACCCUUCUGAACCAGGGUAAAUCAACAUGGUACAUGAACCUUAACUGCACUCCAACACUCCCAGCUGGGAGCUAUCCAGGUACUUAGCAAUGUACAUCUCCAUUUUUUUUCUUUAAGAAUUGUAUUUCUGUUGGGAUAUCCCAAGUGCUUUCAGUCAGCAAAGUUCUCUGGUUUAUUCUGUACCCAGUUUGGGCGAUUUGUACCUGCUUGUUCGUUUUCAAGGCAGGAGGCCAGGUAGAAGUAGCCGAAUGCUGAGUUACCACCCCUGCCCGAGGUUAAAAACCUUUCUUAGAGCCCCGUGGUGCAAAUCUUGUACUUAAUGUUUAGGGUGAGCUGGUAGCAGACACAGAAUUUCUUUACAAGUACUCAGUGUUGUUUCUUCUCUAAUGUUUUGUGUUUCCAUUUGUAUUGUAACUACAACACCGUCCUUGUGACAUCAGCCACCCACAGUACUUCCAACAAUUUCUAAACUGUUCCCUUUAGACAGUGUACUGGAGAACAGGAGAUUCUUACAAAUAAAUGUUUUACAUUUGA